AUGGGCGCGCCACCCUUACACGUACAGACGGGCAUCAUCAUCGAUACCACGCGCGAGACUCGCACUCCCACCUCGCAACCUCCCGCACACCAGCAGCCCCGAGGGGCUCCAGUCCAUCAAAUUCUUUCUAUACAGACUCCGGCGACCGUCCAGAGCGGUUCGCUCUGGCGGAACCCAUGCAUCGAAGGCACACUGGCGGGCAACUAUCGAGUAGGGCCGGACUACAAUGUCGAUUACUCCCCACAAGAGUCGCAUCCGGGCGAGCAGAGCCAAACUCCACACGCAUACGACACACAUCACCACCGAGGAAAUCCAAUGCAGCACACGGCACACGGGAGCUUACAUGAACCAGCGCAGUCGCACUCUCACCACGCCAUGUCGCAGCAUCACCCCGCCCAUCAUCAUCAGAUCCUGAUGGAUCCGGCGCAUCUCAGCGCCCGCCACAUGAGCCAUCAACCCUCGCAUUAUGGACCGACGCCGUCGCCUCACGCUGUGGUUGGCCCGUCGUUGUACCCGGCGAUGACGCCCACGCAGCCUCAUAGUGCCGGAUCGAAACGCAGCCGCCCAGACGAUCUUGACUUGUCCGUUCCUGGUAUGUCUGAACUCGAACAGGGCGACCUCGAUAAUAUGCAGCAAUCCAUGGGCGCUGCGUACGCGCAAGCAGCCAGUGCAGCUCCAACACACCAUCACCACCGCCUGCCAGAUCAAGGACCACCAUCGAAAAUGAUGAGACGCGAAGGUGACGGAAGCAUGGGUACUCCUGGGGGUGGCGCUCCGAGCGUAGUAGGACAAGUCGGGAUGCCAGCACCAGCGCCGAGACCCAGGGGACCAAAAUUAAAAUUCACGCCUGAAGAUGAUGCGCUACUCAUCGACCUAAAAGAAAAUAAAAGCUUGACAUGGAAACAGAUUGCCGACUUCUUCCCUGGACGAUCGUCAGGUACUCUUCAAGUUCGCUAUUGUACGAAGCUCAAAGCAAAGACAACACAAUGGACAGACGAAACAGAUCAAAAGCUUCGCACGGCACUUCAAGACUACGAGAACGAGAAAUGGCGCUUCGUUUCCAACAAAGUCGGCCCCGGUUUUACCCCCCAGGCAUGUCGCGAGAGAGCUACGCAACUCCUUGGAGGAGAGAUCGGAGAAGUUGGGGAGGAAAACUUAUAG